CCAUCCCAUGUUUACCUCUUCAAGCUUUCCCAAGAAAGUUCUCAUACCACAUCUGCUCCUGUCGAAGCUCAGAUCAUCCAAAAUGAAUAAAAUUACCAUCUGGAUGAUCCUCAUUUCAAUCUUUGUCAUCCUCCAGACAACAAGUUCUGUUGAGGAUGAGGUUAAGACCUCAUUGAUCAACUUCAUUGCAAAGCUCUCAAACAACAAUAGUCAAUCUGGUCUCUUUUCGGGUUGGAACUCUUCGUCUGAUCCUUGUCAAGGCCUGUGGCAGGGUGUAAUCUGUGAUACUCAGUAUAAUUCUGUCCGAAAGUUGUUUCUUAACAGCUCGAAUCUCAACGGGGAGCUCGACGUUGGUCUACUUUGCAAUGUCAAACCUCUUGCUGACUCUCUUAGUGCUCUUCACCUGGAGACCAACAUGAUUACUGGAGGAAUUUCAACUGAAAUCGCAAGCUGCAAACAACUCACUCACUUGCAUAUGAGCAAGAACCAGCUCUCUGGAAGUCUUCCUGAUUCUCUUGCCAUGUUAAAUAAUCUGAAACAACUAGAUAUUUCCAACAAUAAGUUCACUGGUGACUUGCCUGCAGAUUUGUCUCGGAUUUCAGGUCUAACUGUGUUCCUAGCUCAAAACAACCAGCUUACUGGGCAGAUACCAAAAUUUGACUUCUCCAAUUUUGAGCUCUUUGAUGUCUCCUAUAAUAAAUUUUCAGGUCCUAUGCCAGAUGUUAAAGGUCAUAUCCCAGAAAGAAGCUUUUUGGGUAAUCCUGAACUAUGUGGAGAUCCAUUGCCAAAAGAAUGCCCACAGUCCUUACAGGACAAGAACAAUGUUAAGGACGAGAACAAUGAUGACAAGUCAAAAAGUUCUUCAAACAAUCAAAUCCUUAUGUUUGUGGGAUACUUGGUGUUGGGCUUGGUUUUUCUUUUCCUAAUCAUGUGCUGGGUAUAUAAAAGAAUGAAGAGAAACGAGAAAGUUGAUGGAGUAAACAAAAUUGCAUCAGUUGAUGACACCAUAGACAAGCAGCCUGAAGCUGCAUCAAUGGAGUACAAAUCAGGUUUCAGCAGAUCAGAAAUUUCAGUUGCUUCAGUUGAUGAAAGCAAUUUGGUUUCAACCUCACUGAUAGUGCUUCCAGGCCCAGUGGUAAAUGAACUGAAAUUUGAGGACUUGCUUAAAGCUCCUGCUGAGUUGCUAGGAAGAGGGAAGUAUGGAAGCCUGUACAGGGUCAUCUAUGAGAAUGGAAUGAACCUGGUUGUCAAAAGGAUUAAGGGUUGGGCAAUUUCAAGUGAUGAUUUUAAGGUGAGGAUGGAAAGGUUGGACCAAGCGAAACAUCCUAAUGUAAUGCAAGCUGUUGCUUUCUAUUGUUCCAAACAGGAGAAGCUUUUAGUCUAUGAAUAUCAGCAUAAUGGAAGCCUACUCAGGCUUCUCCAUGGAACCGGCGAUACAGGCAAAGCAUUUGAGUGGACCAGCAGACUUGGAGUAGCAGCUAGUAUCUCAGAAGCAUUAGCCCAUAUGCACCAAGAGCUUGAACAUGAUGGGAUUGCUCAUGGGAAUUUGAAAUCUUCCAACAUCUUGCUGAACAACAAUAUAGAGCCUUGUAUAAGUGAAUAUGGUCUUAUGGUGGUGGAUCAUAAUCAAGAGAGCUCACUGCUUGGCGAUCUUACUGGUUUCAGUGCCUUCAAAGAAGAUGUUUAUGGGUUUGGUGUGAUUCUUCUUGAACUCCUAACAGGCAAACUUGUUCAUCAGAAUGGUAUCAAUUUGGCAGAGUGGGUUAACUCAGUUGUUCGAGAAGAAUGGACUGUCGAAGUGUUUGAUAGGUCACUUUUAUCAGAAUAUGCUAGUGAAGAAACGAUGGUGAGCUUGCUUCAAGUGGCCCUGAAAUGCGUGGACCGGUCUCCAGAGGCUAGGCCUAGCAUGAACCAAGUUGCUGUCAUGAUUAACACUUUAAAAGAGGAAGAAGAUGGAUCCACAAGUAGUUUAGAACCAUGAUUCACAAAAAUACCACUUUGUGCUUAUCGAAGUUGGAUUGGAAAUAUGUAGAAAGCAUGCAAAGCAACUUGGGAAAGAAGAAAGAAAAAAGCUUUCUUUUCUUUUUUAUCUUUAUCUGCUAUUCGAUGUACCUAGUC